AUGUUGUUGCCGCGCCCCGCCGCACUGGGGGCGCGGUGCCGCCUCUUCCCCAAGCUGGGCGCGGGCGGCGCGGCCGAGGGCGGUGGCGGCGGGCGCGCGGGGGGCGGGGAACGGGGCCCCGGGCACGGCGGCGGCGGCCAGGACCCGAGAGCCGCGGCGGAUGGACCGGCUGGACGCGCCUGCAGCGUGCGAGAAGGCAAGCAGCGGGGGAGGGUUUCGCGGGGGGGGGCGCCGCAGUGGCCGCCCGAGGUAACGGGCAGGGAGGGCUUUUGCGGGAUCCGGCGGUCCUGUGGCUGGAGCGGCCCGGCUGCCUUCGCCAUCCCUUCUCCGGUGUUUUACAGCCCCCCGACGGACAGACCCCGCGGUCACCCUGCUCUCGGGCCGCGGGGUUUAUUUUGUUGUCUCUUACAGUAUAAAGGAAAUGAAGAUGGGGAGACAGUUAUUAUUGAAAAAGACCAUUUCAUGGAUGACUUUUUCCAGCAGGUUGAGGAAAUUAGAAAUAAUAUAGCAAAAAUAGCACAAAAUGUGGAAGAAGUGAAGAAACAGCACAGCAUUAUCCUGUCAGCACCAAAUCCUGAAGGAAGAACAAAGGAAGAACUUGAAGAAUUAAAUGAGGAAAUAAAGAAGAUUGCUAACAAAAUCCGGGCCAGGCUAAAGGCUAUUGAACAAAGUUUUGAGCAGGGUGAAAAUGCCAAUCGGACAUCAGUGGACCUCAGGAUAAGGAAAACACAGCACUCUGUGUUGGCUCACAAGUUUGUGGAGGUGAUGACGGAAUACAACGAGACCCAGACUCUGUUUCGAGAACGCAGCAAAUGUCGGAUACAGAGGCAAUUAGAGAUCACUGGAAAGACCACCACUGAUGAGGAACUGGAAGAAAUGUUAGAGAGUGGUAAUCCUUCCAUUUUCACUUCUGAUAUUAUAUCAGACUCUCAAAUAACCAGGCAAGCUCUGAAUGAGAUCGAGUCCCGUCACAAGGAUAUUAUGAAACUGGAAUCCAGCAUAAAGGAACUUCAUGAAAUGUUUAUGGACAUGGCAAUGUUUGUUGAGACUCAGGGUGAAAUGAUCAACAACAUAGAGAAGAACGUGAUGAAUGCAACAGAUUAUGUGGAACAUGCAAAAGAAGAGACAAAAAAGGCAGUUAAAUAUCAAAGUAAAGCACGAAGGAAAAUGUGGAUAAUUAUCAUUGUGUCAGUGGUGUUGGUUGCCAUAAUUGCUCUAAUUAUUGGUUUGUCUGUUGGUAUUCGGUGAUGGUUGGAUAACCUCAGCAUGCAUGUCUUCCUGCCACUGUGGCAAAAUUGAUGUUCAUCAUUAUAUGUGUAACUGUAUUGCUUUUGAUACUUGGAAUUAUCCUUGCAACAACACUGUCCUAGCAAGCACAUUCCAAGAGUUAUGAACCUUCAGCAACUCCAAAAUAUAUCUUUAGUAAAACCAAACCUUGACCAGAAAUGAUGCCUUACACUGUUCCGUGAUGAUGACCUGUCACUAAUGGCUCAAAAUGAAAGCAAAAUCACUCUUAAUGUUUACUCAUAAACAAAGAUCAGAAUGUAUUAGGAUGUGUAUGGAUUUUCAUCAGAAACUAGGUUUGUAAGACUGACACUUGCUCUUAAUUGUUUUGAACUAGAGUAAUUUAGGUUUUUUUUCAUAUCUCAGUGUUAUAGUUUAAAUAGGGAGUUGAGAGACAAUUGAGUUUUUGACUGUUUUGCUUUUUUCCUAUUGCUAACAUAAUUCUAAUCAUGAAUUUAGUACCUUGCUGGUGCUGCCUUUGUUAGUACUCUUGUGAACAUUUUUAUGAGAUAUAGCCUUGUCUUUAUUAAUUAUUUAGUCACCUUAACCUAUAUAAACUUUAUGCUUAAAUAUUUUCUUCUCCAACAAGUGCUAAAAUAUUUUAACCUGAAAAGACUUAUUUAACUGUCUGCUUAGUGCAUUACACCCGAGAAGAAAAAAAAAAAAGCUUUUUUACACUUGGCAGUUUAUUAAUUUUUUUCUUCAAGAUAAAUUGCUUUAAAUAUUUCCUUCCUAUUUAAUAAAAAGUUAGUUGGAACAUUUCUGGCAAAGGAAGACUGCAGUGAAGCACACUGAAUUUGCACUUGAGCAAAGGAAGCUGAUGGAUCAGUUCAGCCUUAUUGUUCAUAUGAAUAUGACAAAAAUUACAUUAUAAAGCCAAAUCAAGUUUUCUUGUUUCGAGCCUUUGCUAAUGCUGAUGUAUGAACAUGGCACAGGAGGAUGAACUCCUUCAGAAAAUCUGCAGCAUAAUACAAACUAAGACACUGACUUGUUAUGAAAUGUCUGUAUAUAUAACAUAUAUGAAGUGUUUUAGUGUAUACAUGCCUGUUGUAAUCCUAGCUUGCGUGACUUGAAAUACUUCAAAUGUACCCAAAUAACUGCAUUUAAUGUUACAGGUUAUUUUUGUAUUUUUUUUUUUGUGUGUGUGUAAAAUAUUUGUAACUUGCCUUUGUGACUCCUCGUUGUUGAAGCAUAUCCAUGUAGAUAUGUAGAUCUAAUUCUCUUACAGUGUAAAUAUAGGAAAGGAUGAUCUGUGCCUUUUUAAGCACAGUCUGAAACCACACUCGUUGAUGUUUUCAGAUACUCAGCUCUGAUCUGAACUGCAGUGACUUGGUCCUGCAAGGUUAGAAUCCUUCAACUUGCAUUUUAUUGGAAGUGUCUGAGAUCAAAGUUACUCUGUAAACUAGAAUUCAGUUUGACUUCAUGAAAUUCAGCAAAGUUUACAAUUUAUAUUGUAUGUAUGAAUAUUCCUGCUUUGCUGUCCAAAUAUACUGUGAAUGUGCUGGAGUUAUUCAGAUGUCAAACGUUUAAAAACCAACAAAAAAUACUAUUAUUGGUCCUUUUGCAAGUCAGCCAUAAAGAAGUCGCUUGAAAAAUUUGGCUUCAUUAAUGAACAAAUUUCUUUUACCUCUAAAUCCAGAACACUCACUGAUGUUUGUGAGGAAGUUUACAAGCAAAGUAAGGAAAGAUUGGUUGCCUUAGUACUUGUUCUAGGUAAAUAUAUUUUUUAUUCUGUAGUUUUCUAGGUUUUUAUCAGUAUAUAUUAUUUAUACAGAUACACAAAUUACAUAGAGGGGAGAAAUCAGUCCUGUUAUAUUGUAUUUUUUGUUUUUCUUUAUAAUGCAGUAAUUUGCCCAUCAAGACCAGAAAUUUGAAUAGGCUACUUGUUGUACAGCUGCCUCAAUGAGUUUGUUUUAAAACAAAACACAACUUUGUUUUUCACAGGAGAAUGUGAAAUCUUCUUGGAGGGGAGUAAAUCUCUAACCUAUGCACUAAUAAAUUCAUCUAAGCGAG